UAGAAGAGAAUUGUGUUUUACAAUGUUGUUUAAUCGUAGAACCAUUCCAAAAUCAACAUUCACAAGCUUCUAUAACUUGGUUUGAUAUUAAAUAUUGGAAGAUGUAUCUAUACAACUAAAGUAUGAAUUAAAACAAAGAAGUAAGCUAUAUAACAGUAUAGUUAAACCAAAAUUUGAGCAUAAACUAUGGGAAACAGUUAAGAAUGAAGAUGAUAAAGAAUAUCAUAAUUAUGGUGGUUUAUUUGAACCCAUAAUCAUUUUGGAUUAUAUCCUCUUUAUUAAUGUUAAAAAAAUUGAAGUUGUACAGAGAGAAGUCAAGGAAGAAAUUGAUUUAAAAUGUAAAGAAACAAGUUCUUACUUUCAAAAUGAACAAGAUUCCACAUCAUCAUCAUCAUUCAAAUCUUCUCUGCCUCAUAUGAAAUGUAAGAAAAAGAAACAGAGUAGCUCAUUACAAGUUGAAAAUGAGUUGAAUUUUUCAAGUUGUAAAGAAAAAAAAUUGAAAAUGGAUCAACUAGUAAGUUCUCCAUCAAAUCAUCAAUCAAACAGCGAUGUUCAAGAAAAACUGUCUCGAAACUCAAAAAUAGAAAAUUCAUCAGGAUUACUGAAUACUGUGUGUUCAACAGCAGAAACUUUAUCUCCAUUAUCAAAAAAUGAAUAUUUGCAAACAGAUACAUGUUUAAAACCAAAAGUAAAACGAGUUAACAAAACAAGAAAGGUUACACAAAAUGAUUUAAAUAAAUAUUUUAGCAAAAGUGUUGUAAAUUCAAAGUUAUCAAAGACAAAUAAAGAAAGAGAUAGUGAUAUUAAAGAUCUUCAUUUAUCAACAGAUUUGAAUGAUACAUCUAUCAAAAACACAAAUGUUGAGUACAAUGAUUCUCUUAAAGAAAAUUUAAAUCUGAACUUUGCAUAUUCAAAAAGGAAACUACAAACCAAUGAUCAGUUUGAAGAUGUCCAAGAUUUUAAAAAAUGUGAUGACUUAAAUGAUUUUAGAGAGAAAAAUGGAGGAAAUAAAAGAUUUAAAAAAAGCAGGAGGAGAAAAAAUUCUUCUUUGGAAAAACCAUUGCUUGUAAAUGAAACAACAAAUGAAAUCUCAAACAUAAUAGAUAAUAUUGGAGAAGAUUCUAAUGAUACAUCUACAGAAGAAAAUUCUGAUAAUGUUACAUCAGAACAGAAGCUGUCAGAUGAUCAAUUAGCAAAAUUAACAAAGUUGUUUAAUGACAUUGUUUCUCGUAAAACACCAAUAAAAGAUAAAGAAUCAUGUAGUUACAUUUCAGAUGUGCCUUUAAAUGACAGCAGUAAUAAUAACAAUAAAUUAAUUUUUGAAGAAAAACCUGUAGAAAAAUGUGAAUGGCUGGGGUAAUUUUAAAAUUAUU